AUGCACUAACAGCGACGUUUAUCUCCAGCUCCUUCCAGUCCAUGUCCCAGAAUCUGUAUUAUCCCCCAUUUAUUUGCUUAUAGAAUAGUAAUCUAAUCGCAUGCAGUUCCUCCAACCAUAAUAUAUAGUUCCUUAACAGCCUUAAUAUACUUAAUAACCCAUAGUUCUUAAAACUGAAGAAUUGAGACCUGUUCAACAAUUAAAUCAUUAGUCUAGAGAAAGAGAUAAAGAGAAUUUAAAUCCAAAAGCAUUCCAAUCUGGCAGACUAUUGAGUCAACAUGAUACUCCAUAACAUUCACAAAGAUCUCUAUAAUAAAUCCCUAUUGGAGCUUUUCCAUCUUCAACUACAAAUGAAGCUCAGAUAAAACAAUUAAGAGAAGAAAUGCUCAAAAUGUUUGAAUUUUCUAGGAAAGAUUUUGAAUUAGUUAAAACCGAACUGGAACAAUCUAAACAGGAAUUAGUUGAAUAAAAAAAAAUAAAUAAAACAUUUGUAGCUUAAAUAGAAGCAUUAAAUUAAUAAUUAGUAUAAGAUUAGGAAAUAACAAAAUAAUUAAAACAUGAAAUUGAAGAAUUAAAGAAAACAUAGGGACAAUAAACUAGUGAAAUUGUCCUUUUUUCUGGAAUAAAAUAAGAAAUUAUUAUCGAAUUGAAAUCAUAUUUUGAUAAUUAAUUCAAAUUACAAAACACUUAGUAAUAAUCAUAGCCUUAACAAUAAAUUACAUUAGACACUUAUGAUACAUAUAUCAAAAAAUACGAAUAGUUUAAUAAAUAAGUCAAUGACUAUCUAUUAAAUAGAAAACUGCCAGAUAAUUAGUAUAAUGAUACAAUAGAAUCAGAUAAUAGUAGUAAUCAAAUAAAGGAUAAAGAAUCACCAGUUCGAUUUUUAAAUUAAGAAGAUUAGCAGAUUAUUUUGACAAAGGAAGAUAUGGAUAGAUGUAAAAUUACAUUAAUUUUAGAUAAAAUGUCGAUCAUACAUGAAAAUGAAAAUGAGGAAGAUGAGAUAAUUUAUUAAGUAGAUGAAAAUGGAUAUGUAAUGAAUUAGGAUGGUAAUCAUUUAGUAGAUAAUUAUGGCAGAUUGAUCUAAUUAUCAGAAAAGGAUAUCGAAUACUUUAAGAGCAAAAAUUAAUUAGAUGAAAUUAAAUGA